AUUCCGCAUUUAAUUGUAGCACCAUAAACUGACUAUGUGUUUUUGUUUUCAUCCUGUGCCUACAGUAAGUGAAGGUUGGCCUGACAUCUUUUUCCUGUACCCGGUGCACAUCUAAGCUAAAGCACAGCAUGCACAAAGAAGACCUUCUACUGCUAAGUAGAUAUCGAUGUUAUGCAUUACUGGAAGACUUGACAAUGCGAUUAUUUGACUUGUGCUAUUUGUCAUCACCUCAUACAUACCUCAUCUGUGUUUUGUGUCCCUUUAACUUCAUCCUUGCAGCGGAUGCUGUCCUACAGAGAGUCAAAGCGAAUCUUAAAGCCAGAAUGAAAAGCCGCUGUGAACACCUGUUUGAAGGCAACUCCAGAAAUGAAACUCCUCUCAAAGAUAUUUACACAGAACUCUACAUCACAGCAGGAGAGACGGAAGGGGUCUGUAAUGAACGUGAGGUGUUGCAGAUCAAGACAGCAUCCAGAACAUGCACAUCAGAAGACACUCCUAUCAAUUGCAGCGACAUCUUUAAACAUUUACCUGGACAGAACAGAAUAAUCACAACAGUGAUGACCAAGGGCAUUGCUGGGAUCGAAAAAACAGUCACAGUCCAGAAGUUCAUCCUUCACUGGGCAGAAGGAAAAGCCAAUCAGCAUCUGGAUUUUAUAUUUCUGCUUCCAAUCCGGGAAUUGAAUUUGUUCAAAAAGCAGUCCAGUCUUCAUAGCCUUCUGUGUGGCUUCUACCAUGAACUUGGAGAUAUAGAGGAUGCAAAUAGAAUUGCAGGUUGUCAAGUUCUGUUCAUCUUCGAUGGUCUGGAUGAAAGCCGAUUUGGACUUGAUUUUAAUCAAAAAUAAACAUUGUUUGACAUAGCCCAUUGAUGUCCUAUUGACAAAUCUCAUUAAGGGUAAUCUGUCACCCAGAGCUAGCCUCUGGAUAACCUCCCGACCAGCAGCAGCCAAUAAAAUCCCCAGGAAGAACAUUACAAAGAUGACAGAAGUGCGUGGGUUCAAUGACUUGCAGGAGGAGGAGUACUUCAGGAAGAGAUGUUGUUCGGAUGCAAAGCUGGCCAACAGAAUCAUCUCACACAUAAAGACAACAAGGAGCCUCAACACCAUGUGCCACAUUCCUGUCUUCUGCUGGAUCACUGCUACAGUUCUAUGGGAGAAGUUCAGAGAUGACUGCAAAGAAAUCCCUAAAACCCUUUCUGAGAUGUAUACACACUUUGUGCUCAUUCAGACAAACCUGAAGAACCAUAAGUACCAUAACAUCGAAGAGACAGAUGCACGGAGGAUCUUGAAAUCAGAUAAAGAAAUCAUUCUAAAGCUGGCCAAGCUAGCUUUUGAACACCUGAAGAAAAGCAAUUUCAUAUUUUAUGAGACAGAUCUGAGAGAGUGUGGCAUUGACAUGAAAAAAGUUUCAGUGCAAUCUGGAUUGUGCACAGAAAUCUUCAAACAAGAGGUUGGGCUCUACAGCAAGACAGUCUACUGCUUUUUGCAUUUGACCAUCCAGGAGUACUUUGCCGCACUGUAUUUGCUCUACUGCUACACAACUGAUGACAUGGAGGUGCUGAAGUCUUUCCUCAAUGAGACGUUGGAUGAGGAAGACUCUCUGUUGAGCAAACACGUUGGAUACCAUUUAGAUGCUUCACAGAGAGAUGGGCCUGGAGAAAGUCUGGAGUCUGACCAAUUGGAAGACUGUGAAGAAAUCUCCACUCUGGAGGAAGAGCCUGAGGAACAUUGUCUUUUGGAUGAUGAGGCUGUAGAAGGGUCUGACUAGGUCUUCAGAGCUGGUUCUACAUGAAAAACCAGCCUUUCAUGUGUUACUGAAGAGCGCAGUGCUCAAUGCCUUGGAGCGUGAAAAUGGACCUCUGGACAUUAUGCUCCGCUUCCUUCUUGGCCUCUCACUGGACUCCAAUCAGAUACUCCUACAAGACCUACUGCCAGAGAUGGAGAGCUGUGCAGAGAGUGUUGAGGAAACAAAGAAAUACAUAAAGGAGAUGCUGAGGUAUUACAAAUCCCCUGAGAGAUGCAUCAACCUUUUAUUCUGCUUGGCUGAAAUCAAUG